ACAGAAUAUUCGCAUUGAACUAAGAUUGUAAUACGCUGCCUUGACGUCAAAAUACUAAACCAAGUUAAUAUAUUACUUGCAAACGCUUGGCAAUAUAUCAGAAUACAGUAAUGAAUGCUGCGAGCACUAUAGCUAGCUGCCUAGGUUAGCAUGCUAAUGACUGCAAACAUCAAAACUCCCCGCAACUAACAUAAAUUCAUAAUUACAGCUUAACGUUAUUGUUCAUGUAGACAUCCACUGUUCAUCUGUGCAAAAGCGUUAUAUGCACUGAGUAAGCCUAUACUUAUUUGCGUAACAUAAACUCUACAGAUGGUUAGCAUUCCUUGUGAUACCGUUAGUUUCUACACACCAAGUGCUGUUUUGCCGAGAUGCUCAACAUGUUACAGCAAUGCAUCAGCAGCCCCUACACGACGGUACAAGCUAGGAGCGAAAUAAAAAGCCUGUUUUGGAGAAAUACCCUAACACGCCCAUGAGUCACAAGGAGAUCUUGCAGGUGAUCCAAAGAGAAAGACUUAAAGAAAUAAGUGGAACCUCGCCUCUGGCAUGUCUGAACGCAAUGCUGCACACAAACUCUCGUGGAGAGGAGGGGAUGUUCUACAAAGUCCCAGGCAGGAUGGGGGUCUACACAUUAAAGAAGGACAUCUCAGAUGUGGCAAACGAAAUGUCUGAGGAGAGCUCUGAGGAGAGCAGUGACAAUCUGUCGGACUCCCACAGCACAGAAAAUGACAGCAGUGCCCUCGCACGAGAGGGCAGGAAAGGAAGAUGGAUGCGAAGAGCUCCCACCAAGCUGCAGUCACAGCCGUCCUCUCCGCAGCCUCGAUGCACGUCGCCCUCUGUCCCCACCGGUAAACUCAUCUCCCCCUCGCAGAAACACGGCAAGAAAGCUUUGAAACAGGCCUUAAAGCAGCAGCAACAGAGAAACCAGCGCAGACAGGGGGGAAUGCCAACCACCCAGAGUCCUAGACUACUUCUGAAAACCAUCAAAGAUAUGUCCGACACCACUGCUACAAAGACCGACCUAUGCCGCCCAGUUGUACCUCGCAAGGUUCCUCAGAGGUCAGGCCGCCUUGGGGCAGGGCAGCUAAGACGUACAAAGUGCAAAAUAGAUGUGGAAACUCCAGACUCCAUUUUGGUCAACACCAACCUAAGGGCGAUCAUCAACAAGCACACCUUCUCCGUCCUGCCUCCUGACUGCCAACAGAGGCUGCUCAAACUUCUACCUGAAGUUGACCGGCAGGCUUGCAUGGACGGCCUUCAGAAGGUCACCAGUUCUGCCUUGAACAAUGAGUUCUUCACGUCAGCUGCCCAGUCUUGGAAGGAGAGACUGGCUGAGGGAGAAUUCACACCUGAGUUGCAGCUACGAAUACGCCAAGAAAUAGAGAAGGAAAAGAGAGUUGAGCUCUGGAAGGAUGCCUACUUUGAGAACUAUUACGGGGAGAAUUCUGGGCUCAGCUUUGAGGAAUCCAAAGAGCUGACGGAGGCCGACGUGAAUCAGGAGUCCACCAUGCCCCGUUCCUCGCCUCAUCCGACGGGACCUGCUGCCCAAGCACCAGUGAACCCCAAGGCCAACGAGGACAGUGGCGCUGCAGCUACCGCGGUGAAGGACAGCAAGCCCCCAAAGGAGCCUCCGAAGGCGCAGGUGGCCCAGAGGGAGCCCGUCCCCACCACCGAGCCCAUGAGGACGCGGCGGGCACAGUACGCCGAGGGCCGUAAAUUGAGCGGCACGGCGCAGCCCGAGCCCACCACUGCGGUGAAAAGACCAAAGGCCGAGGAGCCGACUGGAAAGGCCUCGGCAGAUGCACUGCCUGAAAAGGAGUUUAAAGAGGAAGCGAAGCAGGAGAAAACUGAAGUCCCCCCGUCGCCUGCAAAGACGAGCCGUUCAUUAUCGGCUAGUCCGGAGGUGAAAGCGGAUGAGCCGGCGUCUGCGGUUAAACCUGCUGAAGAGAGCAAAGGGGUCGUCUCUGAGCCGCUGAAAAGGAAAUCUCUCAGUGAGAUUGUCGAUGAAUUGACACCAGAGAAAAGGCCCCGUUUGACCUCGGUGUCCUCAUUGUCCUCAGUCUCUUCUGCAUCUCCAGCGACAUCCAUGUCUAGCCCUGCUACACCGACCUCCGCGACAAAUCACAGGGUUCCCCCACUCAAGAUACCAGUGGCACGAAUUCUUCCUGUUCCUCUGUCACCGAGUCAAGUCUCCCCCAGGACUCCUCUCCCAGCCCCGCUUAGCAGCCCGGGCCGUACCGGUGCUCGCACUUUGGCUGACAUCAAAGCCAAAGCUCAGCUGGCCCGGGCACAGCGGGUAGCAUCGAAGGGAGCGGUGCCGGGCCCGGUGCCGGGCCCGGGGCCGGGCGGAGGCAGCGGUGCGCAGAAACAGCCUUCGCCCAGCUCAACGCCCCCCCAGGCAUCGACCAGGCUACCGGCCUCCAGCAGCAGCAGUCAGACCAGUGCACCUCCUUCUCGCCCACUGGAAUCUUUUGGUCAGCUGAGCCCGGAGUCGUCUCAAACCUCUUACCCCAGCAACGUGGACGAAGACGGCAAAAGUCGAUCCGCUGGUUCGGUCAGUGCAGCACCCGAUGGCAUUGAUGUGCAUGCUCUGAAGGGACAGGGAACCAUUGCUGGAUCAUCAACGGCCGGCUGCUGUGCCUCUGCAAAUCACACGCUGGUCACUCCGCUUCUGCAGGGUAAAGAGGUUCCGUUGGAGCAGAUCCUCCCUAAAUCAAUUUCCACGUUGGAAGUGAAGAUGUCAAACGUACCCUCUGGUAGUAAGGGGACGACGCCGCACUCUGCUGAGCACAGGGCAGAUAGGCCACUGUCCCACCAGUUCAAUGCAGCAGGAGGAGUGGUCUCAGAAUGCACAAGGCACCAAAGGGAACUUCCCGAUAAGCAGACUCAGGAGCAGAUCCUGCACACUCUAAUGCAGAGGAAAGGCCAGCAGAGCCAGAUUCACGCUGGCAUGGGGCCUCAGCACCAAGGCCAUCAGCUGGGGCAUGCAAAAGAACGUCAGGACAAAUCCAGGAUUACGGGGGGACUUCUGGGUCGAAAGAGGAUACCCAGGCCUGCCAUGACGGGGCAUUACCUGCUCAAUGUGUCCACGUACGGGCGAGGACAGGAGGGCAAGAAACUGCAGCAGUCGGUCAUCUCCAACGUGUCUCUGUCCAGUUUAAAAAGGGAAAGCACAGAAGAAGAGGAGGCGGCAAAGGACGAAGAACCCGCCAGUAAAUGUUUCUUCCCUGCCUCGGUGGUUAAAAGCGAGCAGCUUGGAUUCUCGAUAGCCAAGCAUGACGAGGCAGCGAGCGUUCAGCAUUGCUCCGAUGUAAAGAGCGAGCCUGGACCGGAGGACGGCGCAGCCCGCGGCGAACACAGCUUCCCCGGCGCCACAGCCAAGGACGCCGGCCCUUUUUCUCAGUCACUCCGAAGGCACCUCCAACUCCGCAAUAGUACCCAAGGAACCUCGCAGCCAUAUCUCACCCCAGCGGACCCCCAUCACCAGCGGCAGUCUGCUUUUCUCGCGCAGAGGACGCUCGAUGAGCAGGAAGUCGUGGCGGCGUCAUGCUACGGCGGCACCAUCAGCAUGUCCGUGCCUCACACUCUGAACCACAGCGCCGCGGGCGCCGGCUCUCCCGCGGCCUCGUCCGAGGCGGACGGCGGCGGGAGCGUCAUGUCUUUCUCGGUGACCGUCACCACCAUACCGGGCGGCCACUCGGUGGACCAGGGCGAGCCCUCGCCCGAGCAGUCGUUCAUCGAGGGCUCCGACAUGGAGGAGGUGCAGUCCAAAUGCUACUGCAGACUGAAGGCGAUGAUCGUGUGCAAGGGAUGCGGCGCCUUCUGCCACGACGACUGCAUCGGCCCCUCGAAACUGUGCGUGUCGUGUUUAGUUGUGCGAUGACGUGAGACGAAGGAGACCUCGCGCUUUGAUUGGUGUUGAAGGCAGACGCGAGGCAGCAGCAGGUCGUUGAUGAAACAACCAUCACGCGGUCGCUGUUGGAAGUGGAAGGAUUUACACUGGAUGGUCUUUUGUUUCAACAACAUCUAUAAAAAGGUGUUCCGUGUAACUUUUCAGAUUUUUAAUCCAAUCAGUAGUGUGUCAGAUGUGUGACAAAGGUCAAGUCUGGCAAUGUUUGCACUUGGCUAGGGUUAGUGUCAUAUAUUUUUAUAUAUAUAUAUAUAUCUAUAAAUGUGUAGUUUGAAACUAAAAAAGGAGGGAAAAAAUGAAUGUUGCUAUUUUUGUAGAACAUAAUGACUGAUUUGUUUAAUACUGACACUUUAUUAUUGGGCCCGAUUUAGUUGUGGUUUAAUGGCAAAAAAGGGCGCUUAUGAUAAUCAUUUGGUGUGGAGUACCUCCUGGCAUUUAUGCACGCAUGGCAGGAAAGUGCAAUGCACAGUAACUCUUGUGUAAAAGCUGUACAUUUAUUACUGAUCACACACAAUAAUUACAAAGAACAUGAAUAGUUUUAGAAAGAAAGAAAUGGCAUUGAUUCGUGAGGAUUGCACAUUACAUUAGUUUUUGACUAAGCACUUGAAAACCACCUGGAUAUAUGAUAGUAACUUGGUUUGGACACUUUUACAUAUAACAAUACGGACAUGUUCCUUUUGGCAUAUUGAGAUAUUUCCAGGUCAGGAGUAAAUUCCUACUGUGUUAACCUUUUUCUCCCCAAAAAGCCGGUUUGUAGAUAGUGUCUCCCAUGAGGUGAGUUUUCUCCUCAUCGUAUGUCUAUAUUCAAAAAGUCAGCAGUGGCAAACAGUAAAAAUAACACUUAAGGCAGAGGGAGAAAAUUAAGAUAAGUUAGCUUUUUCACUAUAAAUAUUUGUUGAUUUACAGUGUAUUUUAUUUUAUUUGUGCUGCACACAUUGAUCGAUCUUGUUAAUUACAAAUCAUUUUUAAUGUGGAAAGUAAAUGGAGAGGAACAGUCAGUUAUGCUAAAACGCUAAAUGUCUCAUCAUAACGUGAUUAAGCAAUGAGGAUUUGGCUGUACAAUAUGAAGCUGAUUAACAGGUGGCUGUAUUGUUACCAUUUAAAUGGCCUUUUUCCAGACAAUCAUUCAGAGGAUGAAGUACCCUAAGCACAGAAUAAUACUGGAUCGAGUUUAUAUAAUGUACUACAACUACAAUGUGCAAUCAUGAGUGAGCCCAUUGGUGUUGUGCGCACUGUGUUGUUACAGCCUUGUAGCUGCAUUUGGAUAAAGUUAACACAGUAUGAAUCGGCGCUGUACCAUGAAUUCACUUUCAAGAUGGUAGUGUGGAGCGUCACCUCAGCGGCUAUUUCUUUUGGUGUUUGUGUAUCAACUUUAUUUUAAAAUCUCCUGGAGGUGCAAAGUAGACCAGUUUUAUAGCAAUCAUUUUUAAGGUAACUUUUAAAGAAAGUAAUAUUGUAAUCACAAAGUAAUAUAUUUUAAUUAAUAUAUUUUAAUAUGAAAAAAUAAAUCUAUUUGGUUAUUGUCUUUUUGAAUAUCAACAGGGUAUUUACUAUAAUAUAUUGGCAGUCAGUUGUUUCCUAUAGUUUUGUUUGGACUGGACAGACCGCCAUACAGAGAAUAACUUGACUUUUAUACAUCAAAUUGCCCAUUUAUCAAUAUUCUGUAUGUGACAGCUCUUGGAUCUCUUGUCUAUAUUUUUCCAUAGAGGUGAUAUAUGAACCUUUUGUGCUGUUGACAUUUUUGUCAUUACUUUAAGCUUGAUUAAAUAAAGUCCAUUUUUUAAUGUAUUUAUUACAUUGAGGCUUGGGGAAAAUUGGUUUUAAGAUUAUAGGGCUAGAGUCAGGAGAGUGUUCCACAUGUUUAACAUAGUCAUUUCAAUAAAACUUGCGUAUCUGUAUUUGAUUUUGUUUUCACAAAUUGAAUAUUUUCCCCAUGAAUAUUCAGUUCUUAUUUGGUUGCAUGUGAUGUUGUAUUUACUCCUGUAGAGUUGGGGACUGGAUUGCACUGCAAAAAACAAUCAAACAACUCAAAAGGCAGCUGAAAUCUUUGUUCUGAGGACUGAGAGGUGCGUCAGGCAGCAGUCCCCGCUGACAUCCAGGUUACCUGUCAGGUGUGCAUUCGGAGGAGCAGUUCAUAAAGCUCUGUCCAGAAAGCGUCAUGGACAAUCAACACCAUUUUCGAAAUGUCAACUUUUAUCAAUGCAUCAUUUUGUCUCCAUUUAAACUCUGGGUGAAUGUAAAAUAGUAAUCAGCACUUAUAAACAAAGUGUAUUUUAUCAGAAGUUAUAGACUAUUAUGAAUAAAUAAUAAAGAAAAGCGUCAUGUG